AUGGCGAGUGCUAAGGACGAUACCCUUGAUGCCACAGCACCGUUGCUCGAAGGCCCUCGCCGUGAUAAUACCAGUCCAUCAGGCCCGGGAAACGAAGCUGGUGCAGCCGUUAGCGUUGACCCGUCUGCUACAAGCACAGCAACCUGGUUUAUUUGGGCGUUGACCUUCGCCGCCGGUAUCAGCGGCUUCUUGUUCGGAUAUGAGUAUGUCCAAGCAUCCAGCCCCUUAGGAGGUGUACUGGGCGAUAAAACUGGCCGCAAGCCUGCAAUAAUCGUCUCCGGUGUCUUAUUCAUUAUCGGGUCUCUAUGGCAGGGCAUCACUUCCACCGUUUGGGGGAUGAUAUCCGGCCGGAGUUUGGUAGGACUGGCCAUAGGCAUGUCAAGUUUGAUAACACCACUCCAGCCCGGAGGCUGGAGAUGGAUGGUUGGUCUUGGUUCUUCACCUGGUAUCAUACAACUUUUGAUACUUGCUUUUCUCCCCGAGACUCCAAGGUGGCUUGUUCGCGCCAACCGGGUGAAUGAAGCUCGCCAGAUCAUGCGAAGAGUCUACGGUGACACCAAGCAGAGUAACCAGGUUGUUGAACAUAUUCUUCGAGACAUCAAGCAGGAAGUACUACAUGCCUCGGCUGAGACAGACACUCGGCCAGGUAACUCUACUAGAGCCAGCUCUGCAUCCACCACACCAAGGCUAUGGUUGCAGAAAGUUAAAAGAACAUACACUGAGCUCUUCACUAUCGGCUGCCACCGCCGUGCACUCAUCAUAGCAUGUACACUCCAGGGUCUCCAGCAGCUCUGCGGCUUCAAUUCACUCAUGUACUUCGCGGCAACAAUAUUCAAGUCUCUCUCCUUCUCCUCGCCAACCCUCACGUCACUCUCUGUCGCAGGAACAAAUUUCGUCUUCACGUUUCUCGCCUAUGCGCUCAUUGACCGUAUCGGCCGUCGUCGUAUACUGCUAUACUCAAUUCCGGUCAUGGUUGUAUCACUCGUCAUCUGCGCCAUUGCAUUCCCAUCAACAUCUCUCGGUGAUGGGGGUGCCUCCGGAACGCCAGCUCCGAAAAACUCCCAGGCCGCUAUCAUACUGCUCUGUCUCACGACAUACACUGCAUCUUACGCUUCCGGAUUAGGCAAUGUACCAUGGCAGCAGUCGGAACUCUUCCCCCUUAGCGUGCGAAGCCUUGGCUCUGCCUUAGCAACGGGUACAAACUGGGGAUCUAACUUCAUCAUUGGCUUGACUUUCCUACCAAUGAUGCGAUGGAUGGGAGCCGGGUGGACUUUUUUCCUAUAUGCCCUUAUCUGUGCCAUUGGAUGGGUGGGCAUAUGGAGGAUUUAUCCCGAAAUGACAGGGUUAGGUCUCGAGGAUGUCAGAGGCUUGCUUGACCAAGGUUGGGGUGUAGAGCAGAGUUGGCAGAUAUUUGUAGCGAGGAGUAAAUUUUCUACUGAUACAUAG